AUGGUUCUUGGGGGUGAUUGGAUGAGGAGCCAUAGUCCAGUUUUAUUAGACUUUGUGAAGUACAAGGUGCAAGUGACUCACAAAAGGAAGAUGAUGGAACUGAGUGGCAUCUAUCAUCAAGCAGAACUAAAAAUUAUGAAUGCUACUAGUGUGAAACAGUUGCUAAUGAAGGGGCAUACUAUAUGGGCUCAUUUGUUUACAUUAUCAGCUGCCGAAGUACAAGAUGUGCAAGCAUACCUGGGGAAAUCAAUCAGCUUAUUCAGCAGUUCCCAGAUGUAUUUGCUGAACCGACCUCACUUCCUCCACCAAGAGAAAGUUAAAUAUUUUGGUCACAUUAUCACUGGUCAAGGAGUUUCUACUGAUCCAACAAAGAUAGAAGCAAUGACCAAAUGGCCUGUUCCUAAGUCACUCAAAUCAUUGAGAGGAUUCUUGGGGCUUACUGGUUACUACAGAAGAUUUUUAAGGAACUAUGGUAUAAUCAGUAGACCACUAACCAAUCUAUUGAAGAAAAAUGCUUUCAACUGGUCUAAAGAAGCUACUGGAUUAACCAAGCUAUUGGGAUUAGACUACGAGGUUCAGUACAAGAAAGGCACUGAGAACAGGGUAGCUGAUGCACUAUCAAGGAGACAAGAAGAUGAGGCAUAUUGCAAUGCAAUAACAACUGCAGAGCCUACUUGGAUGUUGGAGGUUUCCCAGAGCUAUGAAAUGGAUCCUACAACCUUGCAACUAGUGACAAAGUUAAUUACUGAUCCUACAAGUAAGCCUGGCUACGCUUUACAUCAAAGCAUAAUUAGAUACAAGGGAAAAAUCUAUGGGGGAAGAGCUACUGAUUUGAGAUUCAGAAUUUUCACUACAUUUCACACUUCUCCCUUGGGGGAUCACUCAGGACAACAGGGCACUUAUAGAAGAAUUGGUAUGGUUAUUUAUUGGCCUAAUUUGAAAAGGGACAUAAUUGCUUGGGUAUCUGCUUGUGAUGUUUAUCAAGGAAUAAAAACUGAGCAUGUGCAUUCUCCUGGACUCUUACAACCUCUACCUGUUCCUGAUCUUCUAUGGCAAGAUAUAGCCAUGGAUUUCAUAGAAGGACUUCCCUCUUCUGGUCAUAAUAAUUCUAUCUUGGUUGUUGUUGACAGAUUAACCAAGUAUGGUCACUUUCUACCCUUAAAACACCCCUAUAUUGCUAAAGAGGUGGCAGAUUUGUUCUUACAGGAGAUUUACAAGUUACAUGGCUUCCCAAGUCUAUUGUCUCUGACAAAGAUUCUAUUUUUACUAGCCAAUUCUGGCAACAACUAUUCAAAUCCAUGGGGACUAAACUCAACAUGUCUACUGCUUACCACCCUCAGUCUGAUGGUAGGUGUUUGUCUUGCUCAAAGACAGAGUCUUUUGCAACAAUUAAAGGACAAUCUACAUACAGCACAAGCCAGGAUAAAAUUUUUAGCAGAUAAAAAUAGGACUGACAGAGUUCUACAAGCAGGUGAUUGGGUAUAUUUGAAGCUCCAGCCCUAUAGGCAAGCUUAUGUGGCAAUUCGCAAGAAUCUUAAGUUGAGCGCUAAAUUCUAUGGUCUUUUUCAAAUAUUAGAGAAGAUCAGGUCAGUUGCUUACCAUUUGGAUCUUCCCGAUGGGUCGCAAAUCCACCCAGUGUUUCACGUUUCCUAA